AUGAUCACUCUCUUCCUUCUGUUACUAGCAACAACAACACAAUCCCUAAGCUCCGAAUCCCGAGCAAUAAAGUCUGCCAAACUCCUUGACCUCGUCAUCCGGGAUUACACCUUCCGAUCACAGGAUAGCCGGAAGAAUUUCAAGACGGGCAGGCUCUACCCGGUUGACCUUCCCUCCAACCUGUCGGGCAUACAGGUCGAUGUGGUCAGGUUCCGAUGUGGGAGCCUCCGUAGAUAUGGUGCGGACAUCAAGGAGUUCCGAUUACGACCCGGGACCCAUGCCCGAUCCUGCUCCAAACGGGUCAUCCUCGUCCGCCAAAACCUCGGCUCCAAUUGGUCCUCACUGUACAACGAAAACUACGAGCUCUCGGGCUACCGGCUGAUUUCCCCAAUUUUAGGCCUGCUUGCUUACGGCGUCGGCUGCACGAACCGCUCCGCCACGCCGGAGGUAGAAAUUCAGGCCGGAAAAAACCCGAUCACAAUCGAUUUCAGGGCGGCGGGUUUGAACAACGCGAGCCAGGGGAUUAUACCCUUGUGUGCGGUGUUCGACGAGGGCGGGAGGAUGAGCCUGUCGGACCCGGCGGGACCCGGGGUGUGCGCAUCGGGCCGGCAGGGGCACUUCGGGCUGGUGGUGGAGGCGCCGCUGAUGCCGCUGAGGAGGAAGGCGGGGCGGGCGAGGGUGGCGGUGGGGAUCGCGGCGGGGGCGGCGCUGGGGGCGUUCCUGCUGGGGCUGCUGGCGGUAGCGGUGGUGGCGAACGCCAGGAAGAGGAGGAAGGAGAGGGAGGAGGAGAUGGAGAGGAGGGCGUACGAGGAGGAGGCGCUGCGGGUGUCGAUGGUGGGACACGUGCGGGCGGUGGCGGCGUCGGCGACGAGGACGAUGCCGAGGAUAGAGCACUUCGAGCGCCGGCGCCGGCCGGAUACGAGAUCGAGUUCGUAG